GGACGAGGAUAUGGACGGAGAGUGGGAGGCCCCUCAGGUCCCCAACCCAUUGUGUGAGACGGCCCCCGGCUGCGGAGAAUGGAAACGCCCGAUGAUCGACAACCCAAACCACAAAGGGAAGUGGAAGUCCCCGAUGAUCGAUAACCCCAACUACCAGGGUGUGUGGAAGCCCAGGAAGGUCGCGAACCCGGUGUUCUUCGAGGACCUGCAGCCCUUCAGGAUGUCAGCGUUCAGCGCCGUGGGGCUCGAGCUCUGGUCCAUGACCAACGACAUCUUCUUCGACAACUUCUUCAUCACCGACGACAGAAGCACGGCCGAGCGCUGGGCCGCUGACGGCUGGGGCCUGAAGAAAGCUGCCGAGGGCGCCGCUGACCCCGGUCUGGCGACUCAGAUGUUGAACGCUGCAGAGGAGAGACCCUGGCUGUGGGUCGUCUACGUGCUGACCAUCGCUCUGCCAAUCAUCCUUAUCGUCGUGUUCUGCUGCACCGGAAAGAAGAAGACCGGAGAGACGACGGCGGCCGAAUACAAGAAGACUGACGAAGCUCAGCCUGAUGUGAAGGAGGAGGAAGAGGAGGAGGAGGAGGGGGAGGAGGAGAAGGCUGAGGAGGAAGAGGAGGAGAAGGAGGAGAAGGAGGAGGAGAAGAGCAGUCCAGCUGCAGAAGGAAAGAGCGACGGAGAGGAGAGUCCUGCAGAGAAGGAGGAAGAGAAGGAGGAAGAGGAGGCAGAGAAGGAGGAAGAGGAGGAAACGGCCGAAGAGAAAGCUUCAGAAAACAGCCAGGAAAAAGCUUGAGGACGACGUUCUGCGGAGAUCUCCCAGGAACAGGAAGGUCAGAAAGGACUGAAAUCUCUGAAUCCUGACCUCAAAAACCUCCCCCCUCUCUCCCCUAAAAUAUCUCCCCCGACCCUCCCCCUCCUCUUCUUCGAGGCCGCAGAGCCGCGAAGGGAAGCAGCGAAGCCGACAGGAAACUAAAAAAUCGACCUCCAACACGGACGCCCUGCUCACACGACGAUUCCAGGACUGAGUUUUAGCGUUUAAAGGAUUUAUUUUGUUGUUUUUUGAAAAGAGAUUAACUAAAGCUUCCUGCAUCAUUCCUUCACAACAACACCUGAGCAGAAUCAAACUGGCGGGAUCAGCGCGUCCCGUCCGCCGCGCCGCCACCAGCUAACAAACUCCGCCCGACAACAGCAUGCUAAUUAGCUCAGCAACUUCUUAAUAACUCCUUGAAAUAUAGCUAUCGACAGCCAACCAGUUAGCCUACAAUCUGAGGUAACCGCCUUCCUGUUUGCUGAUAAUUAGCCUGCUAGCAGUGUGCUAAUGAGGCUAACAGCAGUCUGAAAUGUAUAAACAAAAAGUCUUCCCGAGUUAGCUUACCAAUGACAGCUAGUUAGCCUAGCAUCAGCCUGCUAAUAAUCUUUCAGGAAAUUGUUAACAAGUCUUCUGACAGACAGUUUGGCUUUCAACUGAGACUAGUUAGCCGCUAUCCUGUUUGAGCUAGCAACAGGCAGCUAAUUAACCAUCUAUCAGGAUGCUAAUAAGGCUAACAGUUUGAAUUCACCACCAAAAUGUCUGGCUAAUUAGCUCAUCACCAGGGUGCUGAUGAAGCUAACAGUAGUCCGAUUGAUCGGCCAAAAAUCUCGUCAAUCAGCUCACCAACAGACCGCUAAUUGCUUGGCUAGCAGGUAGCUUGUAAGCUAUAUGAAUAUUCACCGGUUAGCUGUUGAUUUAUUAGAUUUUUGGAAGAUUUAUCAUCUACAAAUGUUGAGAGAAAUCACUCACCAGAACUGUUGCUAAUUAGCCUUGUAGCCUGCUAAUUAGCUCAUUGGUAAUUUGGCUAGCUGUACUCCAAUGUGUACAAUAAUCCCACUUGAAUUGAAAACUAAAAACGGGGCUUCUAACGAGUUUACCAAUAAUUUAAUUAAUUUACCAACAAGUAGCUUAUUAGCCUGAUGAAAAGCUAAUUCACCUACUAACCGUUGGCUCGUUAGCAUUCCUAGCUUUCAGAUUAGCUCGAGAUUAGCCAGCAUGCUAAUAUAAAAAAAAUAAUGACUGCUGAUAUAUUUUCUUUUUUCAUGUUCUAAUUUCCUUGUCAUUGAAUCGUGUUUUGUUUUAAAGCUGUUAGCUCCAUGUUAGCUCACACACAUGUUUUCCUCAGAUCUCCUGAUGUGUAUUAUUGUCCUGAUGGCAGCGCUGGAAGGUCAGAGGUCAAACUAAAAAGAGCCUUUGCAGCAGAUGAGCGACAGAUGGCAACGUAUUAAACCUCCCGUUGCUUCACGCGGCUGAAUAACUACAGCAAUACGGCCCAAAAUAACCCGAUUUAUUCACAAUAAACGUAUCUAACAGAUGUUUUCUGAAUGGAGUUUGGUCCUUCAGCGCUAUGCUAACAUUGUAGCAUCUGCAUAUGUUUAUACACCCAGAUAAAUCGUAUUAAAAUCAUUAUUCUCGUCAAUUUUAUUCGUUAUUCCUUUAAAGGCCUUUCUUUGUCCAAAUAAACAUGACAGCAGCUCGUUGGCGCGUCCCAUCCAAUUUAAAGCUCCUUUCAGAUCCAACUUUUCUUGGUACGGUGUUUUUAAACGCACCUGUAUUUACCCGUCUUCUACAUCCAACCCACCCUUGUAGCUUCUCCUGUAAAUCUCCGCUGCUGUCAUUUAGAUGUUAACCUCAUCCCGUGUGCAGGUGGACGGACUCCCCGCCCCUUUGUCAUGUUCUAAAAACCAAAUUCAAAAGAAAAACUGCACUAAAGGGGGAAACCUCAGGCGCUUAACUCUCACCUGUCCACCUGCAUCUCUCACCUGCUCCACGUCAAACCCCAAGUUUUCAUAGGAGACGGCACUUGAGCGUGACAAACCUACGGAUACUAGUUUGAUAGAAAUACCUUAGCUGGCUUUUCUUUUGCCAAAUUAAUAAACUUUAUCCACGAAUUAAGACCAUGGGAUGAGGUUCCAGAAAAGUCAAGUGAAAUCAAACAAUUUCUCAACAUUUGAAUCACAAUUAUUUGUUUAUUUUGACCGCCGUUGAAUCUGCUGUAGUUACCUGUACAUGUUUACAUGUCACGUAAUGAUGUCAUGACAAUCAUCAUGUGCGUCGUAAUCUGCUGCAUUUAAAAAUAACUGGCAAAAGGUAAAAAUGUAUUAAAAAAUCUACAUAUGGGGAAGGGAAUUGGGGUGAAAUCCUGGAGGAAAAAAACGUAGAUUAAAAUUGUAAAAUGACCACAAAAAAAAUAAAACUGACAUAAAUUCUCUGAAAUAAGAAAUGUAAAAUUAAAAGACAAAAUAAUAAUUAUAUCUGAUAAUAUUUGAGUAUUCAGAUUCCCCCCUUCCUGCCCUGGUUUCAUAAUGAAACAUUUGACCUGCAAUCCCUCACCUUUACACCUCCUGACCGUCUCUCUAGCGCCCCCAUCAGGACAGUUUCUCUCCACAUGAGAAAUAAUCCCAUGAACCGUUAAAAUGCUAAAUUAUGUUUUUUCUUUAUAUAUUCAUCAUGAAAUCAUCCUAAGGAUUAUAAUGCAGAUGAAAGAGCGUCAUUCUGCCAGUGUGUGUGUGUGUGUGUGUGUGUACAGUGAAAUAAUUAAACCUGGUUCUGUGCGUGUUGAACGUGUGUCGGGAUAAUAACACGAUGUCCAGUCUUCUUGUAUAUCCAUGUCUGUAAUCAUUGCGUACAGUUUUCUCCGGACUGAAGAACCUGUUGUUAAAUUCAGAGCUUUUUGCUAAGUUAUCGGCGGGGGGGGCGGUGGGGAACAUAACAGCCGAGUCUGUGGCUGAUUUUGGGGCUCGAGGUGAACUUGGAGGCUUCCACAACCUUUAAUUAUUUCCCUCCUUUUUUUUAUUUUUUAGUCUAAAUACAAGCUAGUUGGCUGUAAACUGAUGUUUUUUCUAAAAUAAAGUAAAUACUAGGAUCAUCUCCUCCAGCAGCAGCGUUACAUUCCCAUCCGAAAUGUCUUCAGCCUAUUUUUUAUUAUUUUUUAGAUUUAUUUCUGUGUCCGGCUGAAUCUGCCUAGCAACCGACUGUAGACUGAACACUGCAUCUGCUGGUGUAACGUUUUAUUAUUAUUUUUUUUCAACAUUUUUUUUGUGUUUUUUGAACUAAAUCUUUAAUGGUUGUCCCUGCAGCCUGUUUCUGAUGUCCACACUAUUGUAGAGAGAUACUGUGAUGAUGGAGCCUCGUGUGUGUGUGUGUGUGUGUGCGUGGACACACAGUCUACAUUUGUUUUGAUGAAUAAAAAGGCCAAAUGGAAACUGAA